AUGGCAAAAGCUUCCCAUGCAUUGCAAAAAGUUGCUGUCGUCCAGCAUCGUGCCGGAGCCCAUAUCCUGAAAGAUCGAUUACCUGAGGGAAACAUGGAAUCUUUGGCAACAAACAUUCGUCUCGCAACACCGAACUGCUGGUCGCUGUCAAGUGAACUCCAACAAGCCGCUCUAUCCAGACUACUGCGAUAUCCGCAUUCACCGUUUGCUGACAUUGAGGAAGCACACAUCAGGGAUUACUUUCUCAUCAGUAUAGACAAUUACACCAUCUAUCGCGGCGAUGCUGAUGAAAGGAAAGUAAGAAGCUGCGCAAUAGCUGUGAGGAACAAUUACAACGACCUGGUAGAGGAGUUUCGAUCAACGUCGCCAUUAUGCGCCUUUGCGCGAUUGCGAUUGUUGAUAUCCAAGAUACAAAGCCAGCAGGCCGUAUUUGUUGGAAUUGAUGCGAAUGUAAAGAUGGGGCUUGAACAACAGUCCGAUGCGCUUGGAAAAUGGCUCUAUCUCAUGGAGCAAACAUCGGACAAUGGAAAUUGUCUGAUAAACACUUGCGAGCAGACGAAUCUCAUCAUUGCAUCUACGUUUAAGAGGAAUCAUCAACGCCAUCACGUUACGUGGCACUAA